AUGGCGCCACCAAAAUUUACCGAUAUGAACAAACAAGUGACGGAUAUAUUCAAUAAAGGAUAUUUUUUUAAUUUAUUCAAACUUGAUCUUAAGUCCAAAACACAAAAUGGCGUCAUGUUCAAUGUAGCCGGUGAACAUAGUACAGAAACAACUCGAACAUUUGGAACUUUAGAAACAAAAUAUGUUCUGAAAGAAUAUGGAUUAACAUUCUUGGAAAAAUGGAACACAGAAAAUGUUUUAAAAUGUGAAAUAACAGCUGAAGAUCAAUUAGCGCAAGGUUUUAAAGUUACAUUUGAUGCGUCUAUGAUUCCAAGCACUGGGAAAAAAACAGCUGCACUACGUUCGGCAUUCCAAGCUGACAAAGCUCAUGUUGAAACAAAUGUCGAUUUUGAUACUGAUGGACCAAUACUGAAUGGAUCUUUCGUUCUUGGACAUAUGGGCUGGUUGGCAGGAUACCAGUACGUUUAUAAUACAGCGAGAGCAGCAUUGACAAAAAAUAAUUUCGCUGUUGGAUACAAAGCAGAUGACUUCACAUUAUAUGCAAAUAUGAAUGAUGGCAAUGAAGUCGGUGGCAGUGUGUACCAACGAAUAAAUGAUCGUUUGGAAACUGGUUUACAAUUAGCAUGGACAAGUACAUCGAAUCAACCACGUUUUGCAUUAGCAUCUAAAUAUCAGUUAGAUACACAGACAGUCGUGGCAGCUAAAAUUAAUAAUAUAUGUCAAGUUGGACUAUCAUUUCAACAAAUUCUUAGACCAGGUGUCAAACUGACAUUAUCCGCAUUGUUUGAAGCCAAAAACUUGAAUGCUGGUGGACACAAAGUAGGACUUGGUUUGGAUAUUGACGUUUAA